GCUCGUCGCAUCCCAGGGCCGCCAAGGCCAUGGCCGCCUCGGCAGUGACCCCCGGCAGGACGCAGCAGGGACCGGACUCCGGGCAGGUCUCGGCGGGCGCCCCCAGCAGCGCCCCAGACCCCGGCUGCGGAGCGACCGCGGAGGACGACGCGGACGAGGAGGAGCCGGCAGAGAUCCAUCUGUGUGUGCUGUGGAACUCGGGAUUCUUGGGCCUGGCCUACUAUGACGUUAGUGACUCCACCAUCCACUUCAUGCCAGAUGCCCCAGACCAGGAGAACCUCAAGCUUCUCCAGAGAGUUCUGGAUGAAAUCAAUCCCAAGUCCCUUGUUACGAGUGCCAAACAGGAUGAGAGCAUGACUCGGUUUCUUGGAAAGCUAGCCUCCCAGGAGCGCCGACAGCCUAAGAGACCUGAAAUCGUAUUUUUGCCAAGUGUGGAUUUUGGUCUGGAAAUAAGCAAACAGCGCCUCCUUUCUGGAAACUACUCCUUCAUCCCAGACUCCAUGACAGACGCGGAGAAAAUCCUCUUCCUAUCUUCCAUCAUUCCCUUUGACUGUCUUCUCACGGUUCGAGCACUGGGAGGACUGCUCAAGUUCCUGGGUCGAAGAAGAAUUGGAGUUGAAUUGGAAGACUAUAACGUCAGCGUUCCCAUCCUAGGCUUUAAGAAAUUCACGUUGACUCAUCUGGUGAACAUAGAUCAAGACACUUACAGUGUUUUACAGAUAUUUAAGAGUGAGUCUCAUCCCUCGGUGUACAAAGUGGCCAGUGGUGUGAAGGAGGGGCUCAGUCUCUUUGGGAUCCUCAACAGAUGCCGCUGUAAAUGGGGAGAGAAGCUGCUCAGGCUAUGGUUCACACGCCCGACUCAGGACCUGGGGGAACUAAAUUCUCGUCUGGAUGUCAUUCAGUUUUUCAUGCUAUCUCAGAAUCUGGAAAUGGCUCAGAUGUUACAUCGAUUGCUGAGUCAUAUCAAGAAUGUACCUCUGAUUCUGAAACGCAUGAAGUUGUCUCAUACCAAGGUCAGCGACUGGCAGAUACUCUACAAGACUGUGUACAGUGCUCUGGGCCUGAGGGAUGCCUGCCGCUCCUUGCCGCAGUCUAUCCAGCUCUUUCAUGACAUUGCCCAUGAGUUCUCUGAUGACCUGCACCACAUUGCCAGCCUCAUUGGGAAAGUGGUGGACUUUGAGAGCAGUCUUGCUCAAAAUCGCUUCACAGUCCUCCCCAACAUAGAUCCUGAAAUCGACAAGAAAAAACGAAAGCUGAUGGGACUUCCCAGUUUCCUCACUGAGGUUGCUUGGAAGGAACUGGAAAAUCUGGACUCUCGUGUUCCUUCAUGCAGUGUCAUCUACAUCCCUCUGAUCGGCUUCCUCCUCUCCAUUCCCCGCCUGCCUACCAUGGUGGAGGCCAGUGACUUUGAGAUCGAGGGCCUGGACUUCAUGUUUCUUUCGGAGGAGAAGCUCCACUAUCGUAGUGCUCGAACCAAGGAGCUGGAUGCAUUGCUGGGGGACCUGCACUGCGACAUCCGGGACCAGGAAUCCCUGUUGAUGUACCAGCUGCAGUGUCAGGUGCUGGCGCGAGCAACUGUCUUGACCCGAGUGUUGGACCUUGCCUCCCGCCUGGACGUCCUGCUGGCUCUUGCCAGUGCUGCCCGGGACUAUGGCUACUCGAGGCCCCGUUACUCCCCCCAACUCCUUGGGGUACGAAUCCAGAAUGGCAGACACCCUCUGAUGGAGCUCUGUGCCCGAAUCUUCGUGCCCAACUCUACAGAAUGUGGUGAGGACAAAGGCAGAGUCAAAGUCAUCACUGGGCCCAAUUCCUCAGGGAAGAGCAUAUACCUCAAACAGGUGGGCUUGAUCACGUUUAUGGCCCUGGUGGGCAGCUUUGUGCCAGCAGAAGAAGCCGAAAUUGGGGCAGUGGAUGCCAUCUUCACCCGAAUUCAUAGCUGCGAGUCUGUCUCCCUUGGCCUCUCCACCUUCAUGAUCGACCUCAAUCAGGUGGCGAAAGCUGUCAACAACGCCACACAGCAUUCGCUGGUCCUCAUUGAUGAAUUUGGAAAGGGAACCAACACGGUGGAUGGGCUGGCGCUUCUGGCCGCAGUGCUCAGAUACUGGCUGGCGCUUGGACCCAUGUGCCCCCACGUCUUUGUAGCCACCAACUUUCUGAGCCUUGUUGCGCUGCAGCUGCUCCCACAAGGGCCGCUUGUGCAUUAUUUGGCCAUGGAGACUUGUGAGGAUGGCGACGAUCUUGUCUUCUUCUAUCAGGUUUGCCAAGGUGUGGCCAGCGCCACCCAUGCCUCCCACACAGCCACCCAGGCCGGGCUUCCUGACAAACUCAUUGCUCGUGGCAAGGAGGUCUCUGACUUGAUACUCAGUGGAAAACCCAUCAAGCCCAUCAAGGCAUUACUAAAGGAGAAGCAAAUGGUGACUUGCCAGACAUUGGUAGAUAAGUUUCUGAAAUUGGAUCUGGAAGAUCCCAGCCUGGACCUGGACAUUUUCAUGAGUCAGGAGGUGCUGCCUGCCGCCGCCGCCAUCCUCUGAGUCUUGCUGGGCCGCCUGCCUCCUUCCCCUGGCCAGGGGCGGCCAUGCCCCGCUUCCUUCACCUCCUGCAGACAAGAGCUCUCACUUUCCUGGGAAUUUUGUUUCAUGUUAGGAAUAAAGUUUAUUUUAGAAAA